AUGACCCUGCUGGCCCCAGUGAGUGGUGUCCUAUCUGCUCUGGUGGCCCUGGUGGUCAUCACAGCGCCCACCUGGGCCUGCCUCCUCUGCUUCACAACCUACUCUGAGCGCCUUCGCAUCUGCCAGUUCUUUGUCGGGAUGGAGGGACCUGCGCUCAAGAAGUGUGAGGAUGCGUUCACAGCAACCUUCCGAGGUCUCCAAGACACGGACAUCAAUUACGACGAGAGAGGUCAUCUGCAUGACAUCUUUACCCAGAUAGUCCACUCCCUCCAGGAGACGGCCUUAGCUCAGAGUGAGUGGGAGUUCUGGAGAGCCUUCCGUGCUGCCGCUGACACAGUGAAGGGGGACAUAGAACAGCUUAAAGAAGCUCCAGACUGCAUCCCUCCUUGCGGAGUCCAGGAGGUCUCCAGGCGUUUCCACUGCCAUGGGUGCUACUCUACCCUCUGCGAUCUUCCGCUAGACUGCCCAAUUCAGGACAUAAAGGUGAUUCGGGGUGAUCAGGCCAUGUUCUCUUGCGAUGUUGACUUUGAGCUGCCUGAGGAGGUCACCUAUUCCUGGAAGUUCGUAGGAGGAGGUCUCCGGACUCAGGACCAGACCUACUUCCGAGAGCUUCCGGGGGCCCGGGGAAACGUGGCGCGGAUCCGUCCGGCGCAGCCCAAGCACCACGGGACCUUCUGUUGUGUGAUCGCGCAAGAACAGCGCCCCCUGGCGCGGCUUUACUUCUUUCUGAAUGUGACGGGCCCGCCCCCGCGUGGAGAGACCGAGCUGCAGGUCUCCUUUCGGGAAGUGGUGCUCUGGGCGCAGCGCGAGGUCGAGCUGAUCGAGCCCUGGACGCCGAGCCUGGGCGAGCUGCUGGCCACCCCCGGGGCUCUGACGCCGAGCAACCAGCGCCUGCUCGCCGCCGCCGCGGCCUUCCUGGUAGCCGACCCAGAGCUGGAAGCUCAGGCCCCUAGCCACCUCCUCCCUAAGUCCUGGGAGUCCGGGCCCCCAGGCCCCUUCUCCGUUCAGACUCCUACCUAG